UUGGUCACACCAAUCGCCACAUUUGUUUUGGCGUCACUUUGAAUUUUUAAUUUAAAUUUGAUUUCCGCGAAUAUGUCGAAAAACCCGCCAAUAAACAACGAGAUGGAAAUGGUGAUCCAGCAAGGAAACACCCUGCUGCCCGAUCUGCAUAUACGUUCCAGCGACCUGGCCAAUCCGACCGAGGCGUUCCUCACCAAAGUCUAUGUUCAGUAUUUGCGCUGCUUCGGACUUCGGGCGGACCCACCAUUUAAUGUCGACAACGAGAGCACUGAUACAUCGCGGGAGAAGCGCGUUUUCCUGAUCAAACUCUGCCGGCAAGUGGAGCGGAUAAUGCAAAUCACCUUUCCCAACAAGACGUACACCUACCUGGACAUUAUCAGGCCUGCCACCAAGAAGACAAUAAAAACACUGGACUUUCUGUUCAACUAUUUGGCCUACUACAAGCAGUUCAAGAGGUCGGUUCUAAUGCCAGUCGAGGAGAGCAUUAGAACACGAGAGGCCCUCAUCGCUGAAAUCACAUCCAAGCGCUGUCAGGUGGAGAAUCGAAAGGAGAAGGCAGCCACUGUUAAAAUUGACAUUGAAAAGUGCCAAGCCGCCAUAAACGAGUUGCACGAGGAGCUGCCCAAGGCUCAGGCCGAGUUGUCCAAACACAACAAGAUAUGCUACGAACAGAAAUUAGCCCUGGAUUCGCUGGAGAAUCAGCAUACAGAGCUCACCAAUCAGAUCCGGCACUGGGAGCAGCUAAUCGUAGAGGAUGACCAGGUGCUGAAUCUAAAUAAGCAAAUCGAAAACAUGUCCCUAAAUAUAGAGAAUUGCAAGGAAGAGUUGGCCAGCCAGGAAAAAGAAUUCAACGAUCAUCGCCGUCAAAUAGAAGCCAAUCUGAAUAUGGUCAAUGAAAUAGAGAAGGCCUUGGAGGUGCUGCCGCCCAAUCUGUUGGACGAGUACAAGGAGAACCUCAAGCAGCAGGAGCUCAUGGAGAAGCAGCUGCCCGCCUUGGAGGCCCAGAAUCAGAAACUUCUCAACGAAAUUGAUGCCAACAAGGUGGAGCUCCGACAGUCCGCCGAGCAGUUCCAAAUGCGCAAGGAGAAGUACGAUGAGGAAUGCCAAAGGUUCCAGCAGCAAAUCGAUGGGCGAAAGGCCGCCUUUGAGGAACAGAAACGAGCCGAGGAAGAGCGGUCCAAGAACAUGGAACUAUUGCAGCGACAAAUACAAGAACAAGCAGUAAAGGGCAAUAUGAUUGAAGAGAUGUUGUUGGAACUUGAUAAAAACUGAAAAUCCACUUAAUAUAUUGAUUUUAUUCUAGA